AUGGACGUGCUCCAACGUUUAGGGGAUUCCAAGGAGAUAGCAACGCAACGGCUGCGCGGCUUGGAGAGACGGCUUGCGCGGGAACCACAGCGUAGGAUUGAAUACAACCAAUUCAUGCGUGAAUAUCUGGAAUUAGGCCAUGCGCGGAAACUUCAAGAGCCUGUCAGUAGCAGUUUGCCGCAUUUCUACAUGCCACAUCAUUGUGUCAUCAAGGACAGCAGUACCACUACGAAGCUGAGGGUAGUGUUUGACGCAUCUAGCAAGACUACCAGCGGUGUAUCUUUAAAUGAUUCCCUCAUGGUAGGACCUGUCAUACAGCAAGAGAGUACAUCGAUCUUAAUACGUUUUCGAAGCCAUGAGUAUGUCUUGACAGGAGACAUAGAGAAGAUGUACAGGCAGAUUCUUAUUGACGAGAAGCAAACCUCAUUACAAAGGAUAUUGUGGAGGGAUAAUCCGGCAGGCACUAUUGAAACAUACGAAUUACUUACCUUGACAUACGGAACGGCUUCAGCAUCAUUUGUUGCCACUAAGGUUAUUCAGCAAUUAGCUGAUCUAGAAGCAGAUCAGUUCCCCAAAGGAGCGCAGGUAGCGCGCAGAGAUUUUUAUGUGGACGACCUCAUUACAGGAGCGAACAGCGAGGAAGAAAUAGUGGAAAUCCGUAAUCAGAUAACAGCCAUGUUGGAUAAAGGCGGUUUCAAGAUUCGUAAAUGGGCAA